AUGGUCCUGGUCAAACCGGUCAUCUUCGUUCCACUUUUGACGCUAGUUCUCUCUGUUGUUGCAGAGGCAGGAAGCUGUUGGAAGAAUACCACCUGUACAGGCCCUGAGAACGCUGCAUUUCCUGGAGUGUGGGAGAAAAAUAUCUAUGCUCCUACUUCACGACAAGUCAGUCCGCAGUACAUACUCGAAUCAACUGGUGCCCGUACCGAUUAUAAACAGGGGGCUGGGCACAACUUACUCACGGGGAAUGGCUCCCAGAUUGUUUUUGACUUUGGCAUUGAAGUUGGCGGCAUUGUCACAGUGAACUAUGCAGCCCCAACUGCCGGCGUGAACCUGAAUCUAGCAUUCAGCGAGGCCACGAAUUGGAUCGGGGAAAACUCAGACUCCUCUAACGGCGCAUUUAAAGAUGGAGAUGGCUAUCUAUCCUAUGACAUCUCAACAGCGGGAGAGGGCUCCUAUACUAUGCCCGGAGCCAAAUUACGCGGCGGAUUCAGAUACCUGACUAUAUUCCUUACUGCGCCUAAUACCACCAGCGACGCAAUCCUUGACAUCACUGAUAUCAAUCUGGACAUCGGGUUCCUUCCGACAUGGUCCAAUCUACGUGCCUAUCAGGGCUAUUUCCACAGUAAUGAUGAGCUUCUCAACCGGAUAUGGUACAGCGGAGCCUACACAAUUCAAACAAACAUGGUCCCUCCGGAUACUGGCCGCCAAAUCCCAGUGGUGGAUUAUGGAUGGGAUAACAAUGCCACUCUCGGAUAUGGAGACACCAUCAUCGUCGAUGGUGCGAAAAGAGACCGCGCUGUUUGGCCGGGAGAUAUGGGGAUUGCAGUUCCUUCAACAUUUAUCACUCUGGGGGAUCUCGAAAGUCUGAAGAAUGGGCUGCAGAUCAUGUAUGAUACUCAGGCUUCGGAUGGUGCUUUUGCCGAGUCAGGUCCGCCCUUGAGUCAGACUGGAUCUGACACUUAUCAUAUGUGGUCUAUGAUUGGGACAUACAAUUACGUUCUCUAUACGAAUGACACGGAUUUCCUUCAAGAGAACUGGGAAGGCUACCAAAAAGCUAUGGAUUAUAUAUAUGCAAAGGUUGGAACUAGCGGUCUGCUGGGCGUUACAGGACUCAGAGACUGGGGCCGAUUCUGGCAAGGAGGCAACAACUCCGAAGCACAGAUGAUAUUAUAUCGAACCCUCGAGACGGGAGCAGAGCUUGCUGAAUGGGUUGGAGACACUACAGGGCUAUCUAGUAGCUGGACCACAAGAGCGCAGAAUCUGAAAGUAGCAGUCAACGCAGAUUGCUACGAUGAUGCGUACGGCGCGUUCCGGGACAACGCCACUGCAACAACAACCAUGCAUCCGCAAGAUGCCAAUAGCAUGUCGCUCUUGUUUGGCGUAGCUGACCAGGAUCGCGUACAAAGCAUCUCUCAACGAUUGACCGACAACUGGGUGUCGAUUGGAGCAGUGGCGCCCGAAUUGCCCGAGAACAUCUCCCCAUUCAUCUCUUCCUUUGAGAUCCAGGGCCACUUUGAAGCUGCACGACCGGACAGAGCAUUGGACUUGAUCAGACGUUCUUGGGGCUGGUAUAUCAACAACCCUAACGGAACGGGCAGUACUGUCAUCGAGGGCUACUUACAGAACGCAACCUUCGGAUACCGUGGCAAUGACGGAUACUAUUACGACGCUUCCUAUGUUUCUCAUUCGCAUGGCUGGUCAUCAGGUCCCACGUCGGCAUUAAUCAACUAUAUUCUUGGUCUAUCUGUGACGGGUCGCGUUGGAUCGACGUGGCAGCUGGCGCCGCAAUUUGGUGACUUGACCUCUGUUGAAGGCGGGUUUACCACCUCGCUAGGCCAUUUCCAGGCUUCUUGGAAUAGGGCUUCCUCUUCUUCUUCAACAUCGUCGUACGAGUUGUCAUUCAAGGUGCCUGAUGGGACAACGGGGACUGUUGUUCUUCCUGCAGUUGAUGGGGGAAAGACGACAUUGACAAUGAACGGGAAGGUGUUGGAGUGGGGGAGCGACGAGACGAAGACAAUCUCGGUCACUGACGGGGGGUCAUAUCAGAUCAUAGUCCGAAGUGCUUGA